AAUAUUUAUUUCAAUGCUUUUCCUUACAAAAGAUUAAUUUAAAGCUUAGUCUACAAUAGAGUCGUAAAUCAUAAUGGCUCCUGCACACCAGCGCGAUGACGCGACACGCGAUGCGCGAUAUCCAAUGAGCGUGCAGCUUUUCCGCAUGUCUAGUCUAUAUCGUCUAUAUACGAUUUCCGCAAACUCGUUUAGAACAUCAAUAUCAUCAUGUAGAUGAGCAAUACAUAUAUUGCAAUCGAGUUAUUUUAUAUUAAUAGAUCGUAUUUUUAUGUAAGUGUAUAAUUGAUUAUGAUUAUGUAAGUGUAUAGCCAUUAUCUUUUGAUAUUCGCAUUCACACUCUUUUUGUGAUAUAUCAUUAGGUUAAAAAUAAAAUAAUAUGUUAACCUCAUAACCUAACCAUACGGAUGGCUCGAUGACGGAAUAAAUAUUAUAUUCUCGAUUUUGUUUCUGCGCAUAUUUGCAUUUGUUGCAGUUGUUUAUACACACACACAAAAUGUUUAUAUUAAUAUUUGCUAAAGGACGUUAUACUGUGUGUUCAAAAAAGAAAAAAGUAAAAAAAUCUCACAUUAUCGCAGUUCAUACAAAUAAAUCUGUUUUACAAGAAAUUGCAGACAAUUUGAAUAAAGCAAUUCCAGCUAUAGAAUUAUUAAAUAUUUCAUCAGAUGUAUCGCUAACUUCUGAUACUAAUAACACAUCAAAUGAUAUAUCAAAUAUGCCAAAUUCGAAUAAGAGUGAAGAUAUUUGCGCAUCAUCGAAUGAUUCCAAUAAUAUUGAACAAUGCACUAAAAGUGACAAAAUUGGUAACAGUUUACCGCUGUUUGAUAUAACACACAGCAAUGAUAAAAAUCCUACAUUUUCGUCUAAAAAUGUUCCUACUCUCUCUAGUGAUGGCAGUCCCAAUAAAGUAGUUAAUAAUAAAAUAGCUAAUGAUAACAUGAUAAAUGAUUCAUCAUUCAUUGAUACUGAUGCUAUAUUAGAUAUUAAUACAAUAUUAAACAUUGAUACAUUAAAUGUAAAUUCGAAUAUAGAAAAUGUUUGCACGUUUUUUGAUAUGGAGCAAUGCAGCAUGGAUGAUAAAAAUGAUAAUAUAAGAUCUUGCGAUGCAAAUAAAAUUAAAGACCUUGCGCAUUUACCUAAAGAUAUUUCUACUAUUGACAAAAAUUGCAAUAAAUUACUUAAUACUAACAACAUAAUAAAUGAUUCAUCAUUAAUUAAUGCUGCUGUAUUACCCAUUGAUACUACAUUAAAUGUUAAUGCAUCAAAUAUAAAUUCGAAUAUAGAUGAUAUUUGUUCAUUAUAUGACAAAAACGAUAUUGAACAAUGCAACAUAUGUGAUAGAAAUGAUAUUUUAUAUGACAAAAACGCCUGUGAUAUUGAGCAAUGCAAUAUAACUGAUAGAAAUGAUAUUGUAUAUGACAAAAAUGCCUGUGAUAUUAAGAUAUGCAACAUAAGUGAUAAAAAUGAUAUUAAUAUAACGCUUUGUGAUGCAAAUAUAAAGGCAAUCGAUAAGAUUAAGACUAUAAAAAUUAUAUCCAAUGUAGAAUUUAAUAAUACUUAUAAAAUUAUUGACGAAGGAAAUAUUUUAAAUAAGACUUGCGUCAUGGAUAAUAACAGUUUAAAUACUAUGUUGGUAGAUUUUGCUCCACUUGCAGAAUCUACAUUAACAAAAGAAAAAUCAACAUCAGAAUGUAUGAGUACUAAUGCUAAUAUUGAGUCUGAUAAUUCUCUUACAUCUGAGCGUAAUAUGGAUGACAGUUUCCACACAUCAGAUUGUUCUGUAUCAGAAGAUUCAGAUGAAGAUGAACUUAGCGAUAAUACAAAUCAUACAAGUAUAAAUAAAAGUAAAUUAAAUAAAAGUAAAUUAAAUUUAACAAGUUCAUUAAAUUUAUCUAAAGUAAAUAUAUGUGACGAUAAAGAUAUGUACGUUGAAACAUCUGAUAAUCGCAAAUUAAAGUUGAGUAUGUGUCCAUACUGUAAAAAAUUGCAAUCACAAUUUGCAAGGCAUUUAGAAUCAAUACACAAUACUGAAGAAGAUGUAAAAAAGUUUUGUUUCUUACCUAAAGGUAACCCAGAACGGAAAAAAAUUAUUGCUAUAAUUAGACGAACAGGAAAUUUUGUAUAUAAUACAGAUCCUAACGUUAAUAAAGGAAAUUUAAUUGUAUGUCGUCGUCCGGCAAAAAAAUUAAACAAGCAAGCGGUCGAUUUUAUUCCAUGUGCAAAAUGUAAAGGAUACUUUUCUAAGAAUAACAUUCGACAUCAUUUUAAGUUAUGUACACAAAAGACUGAGUCUCGUCAAAGAAAUGUAAAAGUAUUAGGACGCACAGUAGCUUGCCGUAUACAUUAUAGUGCAAGUACAGUAUUAAGAAGACUAGUAUUUCCAGUGAUGAGAGAAGAUACUAUAACUCAGCUUAUUAGAUAUGAUGAGUUAUUAAUUGCUUAUGGAAAUAAAAUGUGUCUAAAGUAUCGUCUUCAACACCAACAUGACAUGAUUAGAGCACGAUUAAGACUACUAGGACGAUUUCUGGCUACUAUGAAGGAAAUUGAUAAUACUGUGGUAGAUUUUACUUCAAUAUAUAAUCCAAAGAGAUAUGAUUAUUGUGUGAAAGCUGUUAAUAAUCUUGCACAAUUUGAUGAAACAACAUGGACAUACAAGGUAUCUUCUGUAGCAUCAUCGUUAGCAUCAUCGUUAGGAGCAUAUCAUAAAAAGCAAGUUGGAAAAUUUUUUAAGGAAGCAUAUCAGCAUAAAAAAGACAAGAAACUCGAGAAUCAAGUUCUUAUAGAUGAACGUACGAAUGCUCUAAAAUUAUUACAAAACGAUGGAUUUUCAAUUCAAACGUGGCGAAGACUAGCUGAAACGACAUUAGUGUCUACCAUGAUGUUCAAUAGAAGACGUGCUGGCGAAUUAGAACGCAUUUUAAUAGAAGAUUUAAAAAAUCCUGCGGCAAUUUCAAAAGACGAAGCACCUGAGUUACAAAAAUCCUUAUCGAAAUAUGUGCGUGUAACAAUACGUGGAAAAUUAGCAAGAACAGUUCCCGUUUUACUUCAUGAGGAAUUAUUGUCAUGUAUACAAAUGAUCGUCAAGUAUCGUAAACAAGCUAGUGUUCCCGUAGAAAAUCCUUAUGUGUUUGGUAUAAACUCAACUGAUAAAAGAAGACACAAAUAUUUAAGAGCAUGUGUCCUAAUGCGCAAAUUUUCUGUAGCCUCUGGAGCAGAGAUACCAACUUCUCUACGAGGUACAACAUUACGAAAACACAUUGCUACAAUGUGCAUUACAUUAGAUGUAUCUGAUAAUCAAGAGAAGAGACAUCCGAUGAAAGCAAUGAAAGUCAAGAAGAUGAUAACAUAG